AUGGUGCCCUUACGCUCAGGCAAAGGGGCAGAGGCGCGUGGUGGAGCGCUUCGGUGGGACAAGCAUGAGCUGCACGAAGCUAAGGCGGCAUUCUCUGUGUUUCUCGAUCGCUCAAAAGCCCCAGAAGCUACAUUCGGAGCUGAAGAAGUAUCGAAAGACACGGAUGAGGCCAUCGCUAAGGCCAAGGAAUUUCCGCUCGUCAAGAACAUGGCCGAUUUCUUUGCAAUACGGCUCGACGUAAAAAAUGUGAGAGUCGUGUUCAAGAAUAGCAAUGAGCUCGUCACCUCCAGCAAUAGUAUCUUUCGGAUACGCCAUCUUAUAAACGGGAAAGUAAGCGAUGAUGUCGACUCCCAGGUUGCUCAAAAGUUCCGGUUAGACAACCUUGCAACCCGCUGUGAAAGUGACGAAGAGUGGAAGCAGACUGCGGCUGAAUACGCCACGGAUGAGGUUGCAGCCGACACCAUGGCGCGCCUUCAUCAAGAGGCGUAUUACUAUGAAGACGAUGAAGGGGAUGAGGACGAGCAGAUAGACUUAGAUGAGCAAGAGAAAGAGGCCCUGCAGAUCCAUGACGCAGCCGUUGCCAAGCGUCACCAAGAACGUGAGCAGAGGAGGAAGUUUUUUGCGGAGGCGGAGGCUAAGGAUGCUGAGGAGGAUGAGAAAGACGCAUCGACUCGCCAGGCCGUUUUUGAUAUUUUCGUGAGAUUGAGGGAGAAUGAGGACGAGCCUGAGAUGGGGUUCGAGCGACCUCAAUUCAGAGGCGGGAGAUAA